AUGUCGGGCGAGAGUGUCUUCAAUCUUAUCGAGCCCGAGGUGGAGGUGCCUCCGCCUCAACCACGGCACAAGUCCAAGUACAGCGGAAACAAGGCAGCCCCACCGACCGCGUCGACCUUUGGCAUUCACGGAACGAGUGCCGUUGUGGCGAACAUGGGUGGCGAGGUCACGGAGCCGUCCAUUCACCCAGCAAAGAAACCUGUAGGCAUCUUUGGGCGGGAUACGGGCUCCACGGUGAAGCCUGCAGACUUCCUCAAGAAAAAUGAAGGCCCGCUAACCGCCAGUCGAGGGGCAGCGACGGUAAACAAGACACGAUUCCUCAAGAGUGCGAAGGAUGUCGCAAGGUUGAAGGAUGAUAUUCCGGGUAGGCACGACAAACCCAUCAUGGGACUGAAAACUGACAAAAACUACGUGGUGGCAAACGCCGUAGAAAGCGUCCUCGCCAUACCGAGCAAAUGCAUCCCGCCGCCGGAGAAUCGUGCGGUGGACCGCGAGGAUUUUGGAAAAGUGCCGACCUACUUGGGUGAGGUCAAGGCUGAGAUUGAGGAGCGUCAUGCCUUGGUGGCGAGACUUAAGGCCGCGCAGCGGGAGGCAGAGGAGCGGUGGUCGGAACUCUCGGCGGAGGAGCUUGAGCAGCUGCGACAAGGACUGCAGCGACGGUGGGACGGGCUGAAUUCAGAGUAUCAGUCCAGGGGAUUCAGCAAACUUCAAACUCCCUUGCAAAAGGCCCACCAUGAGGCUCUAGGGAAGGAACUCAAUGCGGUGGAGUUUGCAAUGCACAAACUGAGCCGUGCUCACGUUUUUGUGUACGAUGACCAACGCUAA